AUGUCCUCAGUAUCCGCAAACACUCAGAUCCUCAACGAGCUUGUCAAGGCCACCCAGGUCCAGACUACCACCGACGCGAGAAGGUCCCAGGCCGCCAAGGUCGCAGAGGAGGUCAAGAACCUCGGCAUCAUCGGCGCCUUCCGUGACGGACAGCUCAUCAAAACUAUUACUACCCUCCUCGACAACAAAAAGCAGGCUCCUCUCCGCGAGACAGCCUACUUGAUCCUUUCGGCCGUGAGCCAUGCUGUCGGGCAGGCUGGCGAGCCUUACUUGAUCCCCCUUGUCCCCAAAGUCCUGGACGGAUAUGCCGACAAGGUCGUCUCUGUCCGCGAUGCCGCUGAUGAGGCGUCCAAGGCUAUCAUGGCCCUUCCCUCCCGCUAUGCUGUCAAGUUGCUUUUGCCCGUUUUGUUUGACUCGAUCGAGAACGGACGCUGGCAGUCGCAGUGCGGUUCUCUCCAGCUCCUAGCAGGCCUCUCGAAGUCGUCGCCCAAGCAAAUCAGCAAGUGCCUUUCCGAGAUUGUCCCCGUCCUGAGCGCCAGCAUGUGGUCGACUCGCCCAGAGGUCCGUGUUGAGGCAACAAAGACAACUACUGCCUGCUUCGAUGUCGUUGGCAACCCCGACUUGACCAAGUCCAUCCCUUUCCUCGUCGGAUGCAUCAACCGCCCCGAAGAAGCACCAGAGUGUAUCCACCAGCUUGCAUCGACCACCUUCGUCACCACCGUCGAAGAGCCCACUCUCGCUAUCAUGUGCCCCCUCCUUGUCCGCGGUCUCGCUGAGCGCAUCCCUGCCAUCCAGCGCCAGACCGCUGUCAUUAUCGACAACAUGUGCAAGCUUGUCGAGAACCCCGCUCACGCCAAGCAGUUCCUGCCCAAGCUUUUGCCCGGUUUGGAUCGUAUGAUCGAGAUUGGUGCUUCACCCGAACUCCGCUCUGUGGCUGAGCGUGCUCGUGCCACCCUGGUCCGUGUCGGAGGUGGAGAGAAGGCUCACGAGGAGAGCAACCUUAACAUUGCUUACGAGGUCAGGCCCAGCGAGGUCCUCGAGACCCUCAAGACGACCAUUGGUGCCUCCAUCAAGCCCGACGACUUUAUCAACGCCAGCUUGAACUACAGCGCAACUCUCUGCUCUGAGCUCAUCACUAGCCGUGACUUUGAGGCCGAUGCUUGGGAUGCCUCAAUCAGUCCUUACCUCUUAACCUUCCUGUCCAAGGAUGAUGUCAAGCGUGUCUCGACCGCUGUCCACAAGUUCUAUGUCGACUUUGAUGCCAAGAACACCAGUGCCAAUGCCGCUGUUGCCGAUGUCGAGGAGGGAGAGCUUCUUUGCGACUGCGAGUUCUCCCUCGCCUACGGUGGUAUGAUCCUCCUGAACAAGACCCGCCUCAACCUUCGCCGUGGUCAGCGCUACGGUCUUUGCGGCCCCAACGGUGUUGGAAAGUCAACCCUCAUGCGCGCCAUUGCCGAUGGUCAGCUCGAGGGCUUCCCUCCAGCAGACGAACUCCGCACUGUCUUUGUCGAGCACAACCUCCAGGCUGAGGAUGCCGACCUCCCCGUAGUCGAGUUCAUGUUUGCCGAUCCCAAGUUGGGCACCAUUCCCCGCGAUGAGGUCGUUGAGAAACUUUCAUCCGUCGGCUUCACCACUGCUAUGCAGAAUCAGGCUGUUGGUUCCCUCUCUGGUGGAUGGAAGAUGAAGCUUGAGUUGGCCCGUGCCAUGUUGAUGAACGCCGAUAUCUUGUUGUUGGACGAGCCUACCAAUCACUUGGAUGUUACCAACGUUGCCUGGCUCGAGAACUACUUGACCUCGCUCACCAACGUCACCUCGAUGAUCGUCUCGCACGACUCGAGCUUCCUCGACACGGUCUGCACUGGCAUCAUCCACUACGAGAGCCGCAAGUUGAAGAAGUACCGUGGAAACUUGUCCAAGUUUGUUGAGCAGUACCCCGAUGCCAAGUCUUACUACGAGCUCAAGUCUUCAUUGGUGACCUUCCGUCUGCCCGAGCCCGGUUUCUUGGACGGUGUCAAGUCCAAGGACAAGUCUCUGCUCCGCUUCGCCAACAUCUCGUUCACCUACCCUGGAAACACCGUCCCAACCAUCAGGAACAUGUCAGCUCAGGUUUCGUUGAACUCGCGUGUGGCAGUCAUUGGACCCAACGGAGCAGGAAAGUCCACCCUCAUCAAGGUUCUUACCGGAGAGACAAUCCCUCAAGUUGGUGAUGUCAUCAAACACCCCAACCUCCGUGUCGCUUACGUUGCCCAGCACGCCUUCCACCACGUCGAGCAGCACUUGACUAAGACCCCCAACGAGUACAUUCGCUGGCGUUAUCAGUACGGUGAGGACCGUGAGUUGGCCAGCAAGGCCUCUCGCCAGAUCUCGCCCGAGGAGGAGGCCCAGAUGAAGAAGCUGAUUCAGUGGGAGAUCAACGAGAAGAUCGAGAAGGUUCAGAUCGAGGACCUUUACGGGCGUCGCAAGGCCAAGCGCUCGUUCGAGUACGAGGUCCAGUGGGUCGGUCGCACCUACGACGACAACUCCUGGAUCUCCCGGGAGAAGUUGGUGGAGUGGGGUUUCGAGAAGAUUGUCCAGGCUUUCGAUGACAAGGAGGCAGCCCGCGCCGGAGCAUGGACUCGCUCGUUGACUGCUGUUGAGGUCGAGAAGCACCUGGGUGAUCUCGGACUCCCUGCCGAGUUUGCCACGCACAACCACAUCAAGGGUCUCUCUGGUGGACAGAAGGUCAAGGUCGUCCUCGCUGCUGCCAUGUGGCUCAACCCUCACAUCCUGGUCUUGGACGAGCCCACCAACUACUUGGAUCGCGACUCUCUUGGAGCUUUGACUGAGGCUUUGAGGGAGUUUGGAGGUGGAGUUGUCAUCAUCUCUCACCACCGCGAUUUUACCGAGGCGAUUUGCACCGAGACCUGGAGCAUCAACGCGGGAGAGUUGGCUGUCACGGGCAACAACUACACUCAGCGUGCCGAGAGCAAGAUUGUGCUGAAGGAGGCCGAGACCAAGAUUGAUGCCUUUGGCAAUAUUGAGAAGGUCAAGUCGACUCGCAAGUUGUCCCGCAAGGAGCUGAAGGACAAGCAGAAGCGUCGUGCGGUUGCCAAGGCCCGCGGAGAGGAGGUCUCUGACAGCGAGGAUGACCUGUAA